AUGAGUUCACUGCAAUCAUUUCGCGGGCCAGACACAAAGUGUUUCUACUUCAAGAUUCACAAGCUGAAACCGAUCUUUCACGGGAAUAAGGGUGAUAAGAUAAGUUUUAAUGUGUCAGAGCUUUUGACUUCGUUAGAAAUUUCUUUACCAAAUUUUUUAUUUUGGUCGCUUGAGGCUGAAGCAUGUGUGGGUGAUUCGUCUGAAAAGUGUGUUGUUUCUGACUUUCCACUACUUACUGAAGCUGUCAACACUAGGAAUUAUGGACUAGUCGCAAAGAUCUUGAUGGAACAGGACCCGUUCGAAGUUAGACGCAUAAAAAUGUUAGCGAACACUUCAAAGGCUGCUCCAAACCUAAUCGCUUCCCAGUCGUCGAGACGAAUGGUGGGAUGUAUAUGUGAACCUGAGGCCAAUUCUAUCAAUUGGUUAGAAUUAGACAAAGGUGAUCCAGUUCAGUGUUAUUGUGGGCAUUGGUUCCAGCUGGUUAAUUACGAAGACUAUUUCAACAUGACCAACUAA